CUUCAAUCGGCCAUGUGCAGUUCUUGGUUAUCUGUGGACGUCUUUUACUUUAGUUGUGAUUAUUGCCACAGUGCUGUACAUGUGUGGACAUGGCAAGACCUAAACCAGCACCAUGGAGCUUGUCUGUGGAUUUCUACACGGGGCAAGUGACUGCAGUGUGUGUCUACAACUCGCAUGUUUUGGCAGGUGUUGGUGGCAACAUUGAAGUAUUUGAUGUUUCCAAGUCAAACACAGUUUAUUCUCUCUACGCCUUUCCUUGUCGUAACAUCCAUGGUAUAAAGAAAGAACCAGAGUCUGACGUGUUCUGCAUCUGGGGCGAGAAGUGUUUCAGAUUGUUCAAGUUUAUCACAGAGGACUGCAUGGUUAGUUUGCAGUUGCUUAAUGACAUCAUUCAGGUGGAAGACUGGAUCUGGGACGUGCACUGGCUGAGAGAGAGUGAAGACUCUCACAGUCUUGCCUUAGCCUUGGGUCACAACGUCGUCUUACACUGGGACCUCGUCACACAGACUCAGCUGCACAGAGAAGAGUGUGUGGAGAAAUGUAUACUUUACUGUGCUCAUUUCAUUGGACGCCGGUGGUCCUGUCUGACUUUAGCAGCCGGGACUGUCUUCAAUCAGGUUGUAUUCUGGACGAUGUGUGGACACACUACAGCUGACAACAAACAGGAAGUUGUCCACCGCUUGUCAGGUCAUGAUGGUGUAAUAUUUGGAAUAGACUAUCACCCACAGCGGAGAAUGAUAUCAUCUGUUUCAGACGAUCGCAGCAUUCGUCUUUGGCAGCUCACAUUUCCAUCGGAACGCGGAGAACCAACAGCAGAAGACUGGCGGGGGGUCAGUUCAUCACCAAUGGCAACACUCUAUGGCCACUCUGCUCGAGUCUGGGACAUCAGGUUGCUGAAAAACUGCUUUGUCAGUAUUGGAGAGGAUGCAACUUGUUGUGUUUGGGAUUACCAGUGGCAGAUAACUCAGAAGUUGAAAGGACACAAGGGUAAAAGUAUCUGGAGUUUGGCCACAAGUGUUGAUGACAAGUUUGUGGUAACUGGUGGUGGUGAUGGCAGUAUACGCUUGUGGGAGCUGGACUCGGAAUCAGCACAGAACGGUUUGAUAGGAUCCAGUCUUGUAAUUCCAGAAAACAUUAAAGGAAGUACAGAUGACCACCCACGGAUUGUAGCAUUGCUGAAUUUCAACACCAUUCUCAUCAUGACCAUGGAAGGAAUCCUGUGCAGCUACUUUAUCACCGAGGAAACAUGGCACCAAGUGUUCCGUGAUGAAGAUUUUCGAUCCUACAGUCUUCUUGCUGUGUGUCGCAGUACAGCAGUCGUAGCACUCGGCAGCAUUACAGGAACACUGAAAAUACUGACACAGAGACCACAUUUUGAAAGAAGCCUCAUUAUUCUGUACCAUGAGAAGAUCUUUCCAGGAAAAAUCUUUGGACUGUGCUGGUUGAACGAAUGUCACUUGUUAAUCACUGGGCCUGAUGGUGUAAUGGUUCUAAUGAAGAUGCACCAAUCAGCUGACACGUCAGUGCACCUGGAGUCUCUGGGCACGUUGUUCCUGCCAGCUUGUAAGCAGCGCUGGGUGUCAGCCGGCUUAGCCAUGUGGUCAGAUGGUCUGCUGGUGUGUGGUGACAAGGGGGGUACAGUUCACUGCUACAGUCUCCAGCCAGAACAGCUGACACCUCUAAAGCCUCCUGACUGUAGUUUUCCAAAAAUACAUGGAAAGUGUGGUGUCACUGAUGUCUGUCGUCAUGGUAACUAUGUUUUGACAGCAGGACGAGAUGGUCAUUAUCGUACCUGGAAGGUUGUUGAAGGAAAACUCCAACUGCUCAACAGCAAUAAGGUUAUGAAAGGCAUGGAAUGGAUCGAUGGACUUCAAAUUACUGAAGACGAUUUACUGGUCUACGGUUUUCAUUCGGCCUAUUUUACUGUGUGGAGUGUUAAGAAGAAUGAGAAGGUCAUAGAGGUGGAGUGUGGCGGAGGUCAUAGGUCAUGGGACUGUUUGAUUGAUAACUCACUCGCACGGUUUGUCUACCUCAAGUCAAAAGACGUGAUCUUGUUCGAGAAAAAACUCACUUCAAGCCAACGUAUCUUGAAGCCUGCUUUUCAUGGCAGAGCACUCUGUGAUGUCAAAUAUAUCGCAACGCUGACUGAUUCUACAGGUGUUCCUGUCUAUUUGAUGGCAACUUGUAGUGAGGAUACUACUAUCAACAUUGUUUCAGUUGCCUAUAACAAUGGCAUUCCAGAGCUCCGUGUUGAUCACACAUUACAGGGCCAUCUGUCUAGUGUUCGAGCUCUUUGUCUGAGUACAUCCUGCAGAAAGGAAUCAGACACUCGUGACUCGCAGUCAUCAGUACAUUCAGUAACAUGUGGAGAUGAUCAGUCUUAUGGACAGAAGAUCAUGUUUUCUGGUGGCGGACGUGCACAGAUCCAAGUCUGGUGCGUCCACUUCCGGACUGGAUGUGCGUCACUUGACAGCAUUGCCAACAGUAAUUAUACAGAUCGUCUGUUCAAAACUCCACAUUUCGACGACUCCAGUUCUUGUAUAGACGAGAAGACGUCAAUGGCUUCUCCUGCUGAACGUUACAGUUCACAGAAUGAUGUUAUUAAUUCUUUGUUGUCGGUGAAGUCGGAGGAGGAAUUCAGUCACGGUGAUGCUCACAACAAGACUAGUUCACUGAGUGACUGUGGACCUUCUGACAUGACCCCUGAUAGAACAACCACACACUCUGAUGAUCCAUCACCAACACUGUUAGGACAGUCACAGGUUUGUGGCAGCACAGAAGGUGAUGAUGUUGAAGCUCUAGUGAAGGUGCCUGAAAGGACUUUUUCAUUCUGUGACAGUGUUUCACCAACAGAAAUACAGGAACCAGAAAUUGAUAGCAAUGUUCCUGAUCAAACUAUUUCACAGGGUACAAGAACUUCACUUAAAAGUUCGACAUUAACAACACUGAAAGGACAUGGUCAUCACCAUGGAGAUAUCCACACGAAGUCACAUGAUGCUGGUGGUUGUUUGUAUGAACAUUUGGCAAACUGUUUCUUGGGGGAUCAGAGACACAGCAGAGGGAACAAGCCGUGGAAGGUGAUGUUUUCUAAAGCAGACCCAGAAACCAGAAUACUGGAUCUCACUGCCUUCUCUGCUGAUGACAUUCACAGAGGCAACCAUCUGGGCUUACACUUUGUGGCAGCUGCAUGUUCUGAUGGGUUUGUCAGAUUUUUGGGGUUUAAUGAAUCCUCCAGAUCUCUAAGCCUUUUGCAACAGUCUGGUUACCAUGGAAGCUGUGUUUUAAAAGUUCAUCACUUUCCUGUUCGACACGGCCAAGACCAUUCCACCAAGAUGCUGUUGUUGUCUGCAGCAACAGAUGGCCGAGUUGCCAUUUGGGACGUCACUUCCCUCUGUGAUGGUUACAUCCAUCACGUGAAUGUGAGACACGACCAGGAGGAACACAUUGCUGGUGGUCCUGAUAACAGCCUUGGACCUGGUCGUCACUCCACGAGGAACAAGUCUAGAGUGACCCAGCACCCAGACCGAUCCGUGCAGAUCUCGGUCAAUCCAGCCGGCACUCACUUGGUGGGUGAAGAUUUCACUCCAGUACAUGUGUUGAAGAGUCACCAGUCGGGAGUGAACAGUCUGCAUGUGCGGGAGUUGAAAAACAACCGGUAUAUGAUUUGCAGUGGUGGAGAUGACAACUGUCUGUCUGUAUGUGUGGUGACAGUCACUGGUGUUGAUGGGCUGCUCGUUACCAUGACAACUGAUCAAGUGUGUUGGAAACCCAGUGCUCACGCAGCUCAGAUUACAGGCACGUGGAUAGUUAGUGACGACCACAUAGUUACUGUGUCAAUAGACCAGCGUGUCUGUGUCUGGAGAGUGAUCACAGAGACUGGGAAAUCAUUGCAGGUGAAACUGAUUGACACGAAAUAUAUUCAUGUCUCUGACGUUUCCAACAUUGACAUAUGGCAGGACAGGGGGAAAAUAAAGGUUGCCAUCUGUGGAGAAGGUCUGAGCAUUUUAACCAUUGACUCGGUGAAAAGCGACACUUCAGCUUCCUGAUCUAUUGCUGAUGUGACAUGUUUAAUCUCACAAUGUAAAACUGUUACAGUAGCAGACCCCUGACCCCUGAGGUCAGUGGAGGCAUAGGUCACGGAAUCUAUCAGACGGAGAGAAAACGUGAACCCUAUGCUCGCUGACACAGCGGAAGACGGAAGACGAAUGAUUUUAAUAAAAUAUACAUCUGGUA